CAGAUAUAGUGAAUGCAGGGUCCGGGGGAGACCAGAUAUAGUGAAUGCAGGGUCCGGGGGGACCGGAUAUAGUGAAUGCAGGGUCCGGGGAGACCGGAUAUAGUGAAUGCAGGGGUCCGGGGAGACCAGAUAUAGUGAAUGCAGGGUCCGGGGAGAGCGGAUAUAGUGAAUGCAGGGUCCGGGGAGACCAUAUAUAGUGAAUACAGGGUCUGGGGAGAGCGGAUAUAGUGAAUGCAGGGUCUGGGGAGACCGGAUAUAGUGAAUGCAGGGUCCGGGGAGACCAGAUAUAGUGAAUGCAGGGUCC